AGCUCCAUUUAGUUCACUCUUAACGAGGUCCACAACCCUUCAGGUUUUCCACAACAUUCUGAUCCAUAUAUCAUUCAACAACUCAAAAGAGACAUCAAAGAAAUGUGGAACAACAAAUUGCUGAUAGAAAUUUGCGCUGUAGUAAUAGAUAUGCAGAAAUGUAGAUCAAGAGAAAAUAAUCAUUGUUGUUGCAACUACAAGAUAGAAGAGUUGAAUUGAAAAACAAAGACUCCUUCAUCAUUAAAGUAAUACAGUCUCUUCUCUCAAAGUUGAUAGCCAACCUCGAAAAUGAAGUGCACUUACAAUUAUCAAUCCUUCAUUAUCAAGAUGCUUUUCAUUUAGUAGCUACAAAUGUAGCAGUUGCUUUCAACAAAGGGAAAGAUAUAGAUGAUUACUUCUAUAUCUUUUAAGUAGAAAUAAUAAAAGGAAGUAUUUUCCAGAAGAAAGCACCUUCAGCUGCCAUGGCGAAUAUACGAAUGAUAGAUAUAGCCGUCAAUUUCACUGAUAGCAUGUUCAAAGGGAUAUACAAUGGCAAACAAUAUCAUAUGGGGGACAUUCAAGCUGUGUUGAAGAGGGCGUGGAAUGCUGGAGUUGAACGAAUAAUAGUCACUGGUGGCUCUCUUGAAGAAUCAAGGGAAGCUCUUGCCAUUGCUGAAACAGAUGCAAGACUUUUCUGUACUGUGGGUGUGCACCCGACGAGAUGCAAAGAAUUUGAAGACCGUGGGGAUCCAGAAAAGCAUUUGCAGGAUCUUUUGACAUUGGCUAAAGAGGGAAAAGAAAAAGGAAAAGUGGUUGCGAUUGGUGAAUGUGGGUUGGACUAUGAUAGACUUCACUUUUGUCCAUCUGAUAUUCAAAAGAAGUACUUUGAAAAGCAGUUUGAGUUAGCACAUACAAUGAAGCUGCCAAUGUUUCUUCACAUGCGAGCAGCUGCUCAGGAUUUUUGCGACAUUCUUCAACAAAAUAAGGAUCGGUUUGUUGCUGGGGGAGUUGCACACUCUUUCACUGGAAGUGCUGAAGAUCUUGAUAAACUUCUUUCAUUUAGUAAUGUUUUUAUAGGUGUAAAUGGUUGCUCUCUCAAGACAACCGAGAACCUUGAAGUUGUAAAGCGUAUACCUGUUGAGCGAAUGAUGAUUGAAACGGAUUCACCAUACUGUGAUAUCAAGAAUACACAUGCUGGGAUAAGUUACGUGAAAUCAUCGUGGCCUUCAAAGAAAAAGGACAAGCAUGAUCAAGAAUGCCUUGUCAAAGGUCGCAACGAGCCUUGCUUAGUUCGGCAAGUGCUUGAAGUUGUUGCAGGCACUAAAGGUAUCGCUGACAUAGACCAACUAGGCAACACACUGUACCACAAUACGUGCAGGGUUUUCUUUCCUCAUGAUUUGGACUCGGCAGCAGACGCCCUUCUUGCUAGUGGCAGGGAAGCUCUAUGAAGUCGCGCGUUUAAGAGAAAAGCAGCACUCUGCUAGUCUGGGCGCUCAAAGUGUAUUAUUUAAUAUUCGAGUAGUAUCUUAUUGUUCAUUUUUACUACUAGUUGUUGCUUCACUUGCUAUGUUUACCUUGCUAUUUUGUUGUCAUUA